GGCCGCCGAGCCGCCGGUCACUCCCGCGCGCGCGCAGCCGGCUGCCGCAAGCCGCGCGCCCGCUGCGCCGGCCAUCCAGGUUGCCGAGGCCGCGGCACCAGAAGAGACGGACGUCUCGCCGCCAGAGAGCGUGAUCAAGGAGACGCAGACGCAGAGCAAGCGCGCCGCCGCCGCACCGGCCGCCGCCGCACCGGCCGCCGCCGCACCGCAGCAGCAGGACCGCUUGGCCGUGCCGUCUGCGUCUGCUGCGUCGCGCUCGGCGCCCGUUGCGCCGCCAAAGGAGAGCACGAGCAGCUCGAGUGAGGAGGAGGAGGCACGCAAGGCCUACUGGAAGAAGGUCUGGGAGCGCACGCUCUUCACGCUGCUCAUGAUCGGCGGCUUCCUCGGCCUCCUCACCAUGGGCCACCCCUAUGUCAUCCUGCUGGUGCUUGUCAUCCAGGUGCUCGUGUACCGCGAGGUCACGGCGCUCUUCAACAUUCCCGGCCGGCCCAGCGUCACGGGCGGCGCACCCAAGAAGGGCCCGUACCAGGUGCCGAGCCGCGACACGAGCGCGGCGCCGAGCGACGAUGAGGACGAGGACGCGGGCCUGGAGCGGCGCCGCGAGGACAUCUGGAGCAAGACGCUCAGCUGGUACUUCUUCGCCGUGUCGAACUACUUCCUCUACGGCGAGUCGCUCAUCUACUACUUCAAGCACAUCGUCUUCGUCGAUGCCUACUUCAUCCCUUUCGCGCGGCACCACCGCUUCCUCUCCUUCAUGCUCUACAUCAUCGGCUUCCUGGGCUUUGUGCUCGGGCUCAAGCGGACGAACCUGAAGCACCAGAUCGGCCUUUUCUCGUGGGUGCACAUGAGCCUGCUGCUCACCGUGUACAGCUCGCACUUUAUCGUCAACAACAUCCUCGAGGGCAUGAUCUGGUUCUUCGUGCCGGCGUCGCUCGUCAUCUGCAACGACGUGUUCGCCUACAUCUGCGGCAUGCUCUUCGGCCGCACGCCGCUCAUCUCGCUCUCGCCCAAGAAGACCGUCGAGGGCUUUGCCGGCGCGUUCCUCGUCACCGAGGUAUUUGCCUACCUCUGGGCGACGAUCUUCCAGCGCUACAACUACAUGAUCUGCCCGGCCGUGUCGCUGGGCAUGAACGCGUACAGCCAGGUGCAGUGCGAGCCCAACACGGUCUUCCAGUGGCACGCCUACGCGCUGCCCACGGCCGUCGGCGAUGCCCUGACGUCGGCGUUCGGCGGUCUCGUUGGCGGCCGCAUCGACGCGCUGCCCUACACGCCCUUCCAGUGGCACGCGCUCGUCAUGGCCGCGUUUGCCAGUCUCGUCGCGCCGUUUGGCGGCUUCUUUGCCUCUGGCUUCAAGCGCGCCUUCAACAUCAAGGACUUCGGUGACAGCAUUCCCGGCCACGGCGGCCUGACGGACCGCUUCGACUGCCAGUUCCUCAUGGGUCUCUUCUCCUACGUCUACUACAGCUCGCUCAUCCGCGAGCACCACGUCACCGUCGGCAGCGUGCUGCAGACGGUCGUGACGCACCUGACGGUCGAGGACCAGAAGACGCUGUACCGCGAGCUGGCGCGCUACCUGCAGGGCCAGGGCCAGCUUGUUGUCGGUGCCUGAGCUGGAGCGUCACGUGUGGCGGAUGGAUGGGCUCGGAGCUGGCCGGGCCUCGUUGCGUGGGCCUCACAUGGUCAUGAAAUGGAAUUUCUGUGCCUCCGUCGAG